GCCAAACAAAACGUACACCGUCCGUCGAGUUUCGGAUCGUCUGAUGUACGGGCUGUAAGUAUUUCGCCUCUGCAUUGCACGCGCGCAAAAAUAGCACGCACUUGCAGCAGGAUAUCUCGGAUCCAGCCUCUUCCACUAUGACGCAGAGAGCAGUGGAGGGCCCGCUCUGGCGGCUCCAUAGCCCUCGAGAGGCCUUGGAGCUGAAGAGGAGGCUUGCAGAUGCAGGACUUACAACGCCCAGCAAGCGCUGGCCUUCAUGUCAUGAUCAGCUUGCGUGAUGUAGCGGGAGACGGCGGCUGCUGAGAAUGUGUAUGCUGCAUAUGCACAGUCAAGUCCAGCUCAGUCUUGUCUUCAUAUGCCCCCUUGUUUCCUAACUCAUCCAUCCGUUGUGACUGUGUUUCGCAUUUUCUCUUCUCUUUUUCCUCUGUCGUAUCGUCUGUGACCGCUUGUACAAACUCUCACUAACUAAUUUCUCCUUUAUUUUCUUUUCCCUUUGUUCUUUUGUCACGACUGCUCAUGAAUCCACUUCGUUGAGAUGCUGGCCAUCUCCUUUAAUAGGAUACCCUUCUCUUUAGAUGUUUCGUUGUAGAAUGGCCAGUUGGCCAUUUUCCUUCGUGCCGGCAUGGUUGAUCUUUUGUGUAACUGUCGUACUGGCGACCAAUAUCUCCAACGAAUUCUCGAGCUUCAUCCCCAGCUGUGCCGGAGAAUGCUUCACCUCUUUCCUUAACGUCAAUUAUGCUCAGGGUGUUUGCACCGGAAAACCUCUGCUGGAUUGUCUGUGUUCUCGAAGGGGCGCCUCGGGAUUCACUCUUGGUGAGGGUGCAAUGCAAUGCAUCUCUGCUGAACGAUCCAUUGGAUACUGCUCCAUAGUCGAAGCCAGUGAUAGAGUCAUCGAGAAUGCAUAUGAUAUAUGCAACGGGAGACCUGGUGCGGUCCAUCCUACUUAUCUCACUAUCACAGCAACAUUAGUUUUGGCUCCUUCGGGAGGAGUUGUGACUUUUCCCUCAGUGACCACCAAGACUACUUCACGGCCGGGUACAUCAAGCACUAUUCGUACAUUGCCAACAACAUUGGUUAUUGAUACAUCCUCGCCCCCUGUUAUUCCAAGACCAUCGACGAGACCAAUUAGCUCCACAACACGAUCGACGGCCAGAGAACAAUCUACGACUGAUUCGUCAGAUGAUUCAGAUAUAAUCUCGAUCACGGAGCCUCCGUUCACUAAGCCCACUACUUUUGAGACUUCUACAUAUACCCCAACUUCGAGUUCAGAGUCCGAGACCACCACGGACGUACAGGGUGGUGCCGGUGGGGCAAGCAAAGACGAGGACAGUGAUGAUUCAGACAAACUCUCCACUGAACAGGUCGCUGGUAUCUCAGUCGGCGUCCUUGCCGCAGUGGGAGUUGCGGUUGGAGCUAUUGUAUUGGCAAGAUACUAUCGACGAAGAAAGUAUCCUCAGAUCAAGACUGGCUUUCUCCCUAUGAGGGACACCUGGGGUUAUAAGCCAGAUCGAUCUGACAACGGUGGACAUAAUUCGUGGAUGGUUCACCAACUGCGACCUGAUUUGGAUCCUACAAAUCACCCACCACCGCCGCCUACUUCCAACCGUAGGAGUGUCAAGCCUGAAACCAUUGGUGUAGCAUUAUCACCUCCUCCCUCGAGCCGCAACACGGCGGUGCAUACAUCUCCACUGAGGCGAUUAUCAAAGCUGCUCCCUGCGAAACCGACCCUACCAGAUCUAUCUGUCAGAGACACCAACGACAAGCCCUUGCCUCUUCUCCACGCGGAGCAAGCUGACGGUAGACGCCAAGAUGCUGGACAUUCAUCUCGAGAUGAGAGUUCUUCAAUACCACCACCAGCACUUGCUGCUGCUGCCUGGACAGGAAGAUCUAAGCCGACACCACCCGCACCGCUGAAGCUACAAAUACCACAAGCCGAGAAACCGGCCGGACCAGCUGUACGGAUGAGCAACCGUGAGAGUAACGUGACGGAGUUUGAAGAAGACCGUACCUCAAUAUCCCCAAACGCCAACACUCAAGUCUGGAGACCACCAACAACGCCUCUUUCGGCAACAACCUACUAUGUCGCCGACCAAUACGGCAAUUGGGUUCUGGGAAACCCAAAGCGUGCCUCAGUGAUUGCUCGAGGCUCGCAGGAUUCCAAGGUUUCUCAAGAGGGAGCACCAAGACCACCUAACAAUGAUAACGCCCCCCUCGGCAGUGCAGAACGAAGCGGCACCAGAUCGCUUGCUCCUCCAGCUGAGAUUAUUCCUGGUGGUGCACCGUCCAGACCUGGUGGACCUCGUCCGCAGUAUCCCUCUCCCUUCUUCUCUUCCCAGUCUCAUCCAAGACGCAGCGCUUCCAAUCGUCGUUCCAUGACAAGACCCCUGACUCGACCACGCGAAGACUCUAGCAGUAGUAGCGCCACCAUCAUCACUACCUCAACCGAGUCCUCCUCAAGCAUUCCGUCUGUGGCACCAGAACAGCAAGUCAGCCUCUCUCCUGUUGUCGAAUCUCCCCAGUCAGUCCGAGCUCGUCAGCAGCAGCCUCAGAUCCCCCCACGAGACCCUCGACGUGCCAGCCAGGUGGGCAACCCUGGUGUCAGCGUCAAUCCGCGAGCUGCCCCUCCUACGCGACAGGUAGUUUACAGCCCUCCUGGGCAGCCAAGCCCGACCUUGGGUCUGAUGCAGCCUCCUAGUGCAUACUACGCGGCACUACAGUCAAAAGCGCAGUUGAAUGCGCAACCACAACAGAAACCUCAACCAGCUGUUCAGAGCAUGCAACCCGCCGAUAACACAGGUACACAGGCAGCUUCAUCGACAAUGCGCAUUGUGGAGCCUUCUCCGGAGCCAGAUGAGGCCACAGAACCCGCGAAUGUCAAAGAAGAUCAGAUCCGGGCGUCCCCCUUCUACUUUGACCCACCAUAUCCGCAACCUCUUCAUUCUCGCCAAACCCCUCAGCAUCGCCGUUCUGCAUCAGGGCCUCAGCCUCAGCAGUAUCAGCCAUAUCAGAGGCCUCCCUCGUUUCAACCUUCCCCUCGUCAACAACAGGCAGCCUGGCAACCCGUCCAGAGACUGCAUUCACACAAUCACCAGCAACAACGCCACAACCAGCAGCAGCAGCAGCAGCAGCAAAACCCUUGGCAGCCUACACAGCGUAUACCCCCAACAUAUCCGCCAUUCCAGCAACAGCAGCCUCUGCAGUCCUAUCAGCGCACAUUUCCGCAUCAGCAGGCCUACCAACAACCACAGAUGUACCCUUCUUUCCAGCCUCGGCCAGGCCAGCAACAUCACCCUCGUAGUACAGGAGGUUACCAGUCAUUUCAACCCUAUCCUGCCGCACAGCAGACUCAAAUACACUCUUCUCAGUAUCAGAGUUACCGCCCCCCCCAAUCAAUGAACCCCUCCCUUGUUCACUCUGAUAGCCACGAUUCACUCCUGGCUAAGCGUGUCGGUUUGGAUCGCGCCGCUGGUAUGACUAUCGGUACAGACAAAACUGGCGCUUCAAAGUGGAAUCGUGAUAUUCAAAACAAGACACCACCAAACCUUCCUUUGUCGCCGCAUUGGCAGCCGACAUUAACCCCUACACGGCGAGGAGAUGACCUGGUCUUGAACGUACAAUAAAAUGGAGAUAUAGAGAUUUCGGCGACACAUGCACCAUCGUUCUUUUGUUUCGUGGAUUAGAUCACAUAUCAAUUUUGUAUAAUAGCCAAGCACUUGGAAGCUAUAAUGAGCAUUAGCAACAGUCAUAGAUGGAAGAAAAAUGCAUUAGGACCGCACACGAAUUUAGGGUGGAAAUUAUCGCAUGCACCUAUACUACACCACCUAGACAUUCAUUCUAAUUCUAUAGGUCACUCCCUCGCAAUAAUGCUUUUCGUGCCCUUUAAGUGUGG